AUGGAUCCCGUAAUAUCUAAGCUGCAGGAAAAGCUGGAACAGAAUUCCGAUAAUGCAACGUUGCAAGAUUUACUCUCUUCUCUGAUUAACUUGCAGCAGGAAUCUCCAUCUAGGCCCGCUCGCAGGGCAGCUUCUCCAAGUUGGGACCUUUUGACAAGAGACUUUGAAGUGCUAAAGGCCAGGGCUAUCUGGGAGGAUACGGACGAAAAUGCCCAACUUUUGGAGAACUUGCGUAUUUUUCUUACCGCUGAUUCGUCCAAUCCAGAAGAUGCCGUCAAUGGCAGCUAUCCAUCCGCUUCGUCUCAGCGGUCAAACCACAAUUCAGGAUCUACGGAAGCCAUGCCGAUUCCAUCUGUGAUGACGACCAGAUUUCCACUUUUAUCAUCUUCAGUUGAUCCCGUUGUUCUUCCUCUCGAGUUAGUCGAACUCCUCAACCAUGUUUACUUUCUACAUCUCGUUGCUACAGACCCGUCAAAGGUACUACCUCCUGGGAAAUCGUUGUUGUCUAUGAUGUCUCGCACUCAUGCGCAAGGCGACAGUCAAGAUGAUUCCCUGUCAGGCCUACGCACCAAAGUAGAGGACAUGGUACACAAAGCUUUCUGGGAUGAGGCUUUAGAAUCUCUGUCGAAUCCUGAGCCGUCUUCUCAACUGCCCCGUCUCAAACUGCUGUACAGUGAUUUACAAGUGGCAUUAUCGCCUCUUCUACCGCCUCACCAUCCAGUUCUGGUUACGAUGACCGCCCCCUUGUCACCCACCUCAUCACCGCUACAUUCCGCCAUAAUGCAUCUACGGGAAGUACUGGCAAGUCUUCGACAACGGUGUGCUCCUGUGCGGGAUUCGCAUCUUGAUACUCUCAGCCGCGCGCUGGAUGACCCUCCACCGAGGUCCUCGCCACCAGUCGCUCUGGCCACACUAGUAGCAGAAACCGUGAAAUCGAUACUGCAACUUGCUGAUGUCAUGAAAGACGACUUAUCACAGUUCGUACUAGGGAACAUGACUGAACAGCAACUGCGUUCUACUGUUAUUCAACAAGCUAAAACACAGGAGCGUAGUAUCAUUCUCGAUAUCUGGAAUCCAGAUCGAAUCUCAGAACACUGGACAACCUGGCUUGAUAAUAUACAACAACCCGUUCAUGUUCCUGAAGAUCGCCAUAAAUGGGUUGUUCGCCUUGUACAGUCUCUGGGAGGGACAUCACCUGUCUCGUGUACGCUACCUACGAAGAAAGUAUCAAAUUCUUCCCUUUCCAACGGUUCAACAGAAGACGAACAGCCUACGCCCGCAAACCCAAAUUCGUUACCUCCAAUAUUCUUCUUUACUACGCCCACACUGCUCUCCCUUCAGAAUUACCUGCAAGCUCUAGUAAUCGCCGCUUCAUUACGUUCUCUAACUCGUUUGCCUCUACCAAAUUCAAGAGCAAAUUCUGUCCAGGGAAAUAGCCCAGGUGCGGACUUCAUGGAGCGGGUCUGGUCCAUGCUCAAAGCAGAAGUCGAUGAAGAGGAAGGUACAGGCGAUACGAAACUAGUCAAUCUUGCAGACGAGGUUGUCCGCGCCAGAAGAUACGCAUCCACUCUUGAUGCGACAUCACUCGACACAGGCGAGGAAUCCCGUCUACGGGCUGCCGUGGAUCGUACGCUGAAACCUCACGAUCCCGUCUUCGUCCUCUUGCAGAAACGGUUAUUGAAUGCACUAGCUGCGCGACUUGUCCAAUGUCGGGAUGAAGUAGUGGCAGAAUCGUCUAGGGUACCUGAGCGCAUGCAAACAGGCCGAGAGGGAGAACGGGCAGGCAAACGGCCGAGAUUAAUACUAAACCUCGAAGACGUGGGUGUUAAUGGAGCCGAUGCCCAGAAGGCUCCUGAGAUGGUAGCUGUGAAGGGCUUCGAGGAUCCUGUCCUUGCGAGAGCGGUUGGCGAGGUGUUUGGGCAGAUGAAAGAUUGUAUAGACUGGACCGAGACAGUAUGGAGCGAUGUUAUUGAAGGAAAUGAAGUGAGUAUGUGA